AUGUCUGGACCUCUCCCUGUCGUUACUUACCUCCUCGGCGCGUGGGACUUAUCUAUCUGCGGGGAUCUUCUACUACAAGGCGUCAUCUUCGCCCAAACAGCGCACUAUUUUGCGCUCUACGAUUCCGACUUGGCUCCCCUUCGGUUGUUUGUUCUUGGUCUCUUGCUACUCACUACGCUCAAGUCGAUGCAAAUGAUUGCCGUGCUGUGGGUUCAGAACGUCGUCCACUUUACUGACAUUCGUGCGGCGGGCAUGAUGUACACAACCAACUGGCUCCAGCAAAUCAACCUAGGAUUCGGUGCCUUUAUCGCAUUUUAUAUUCAACUCUUCAUGUGUCAGCGUCUUUGGGCCCUCUGCAAAAAUGUCUACAUUCUGCUUGUGUUGCUGGCCAUGUUCACGUUUUCCUUGGUCGCAGCAUUCGUUGCGGUUGGCUUGACAUUCAACGACCAGCCUAUCGUGAGAUCUACAUGGAUUUCACUCCACUUUGGGAUCGUCUUUGGUGGAGAUCUCUUGCUUUGCGGUUCAAUGGCCUACUAUCUUUUGAAACACUCGAAACAAGUCCUGCCACAAACUGCAGGAAUGCUCAAUGCGGUUCUCAGAAUUACAGUCCAGAGUGCAAUGCCUGGCGCGGUCUGUGCCAUGAUAACCCUCAUCAAUUCCCAGAUCGGUGAACAGUCCAAUGCACUUAAGCCGUCGACGAUGGUGACGAUAAUUUCAUCCAACUUCCUACCCAAACUCUAUGCGCUUAGCGCGAUGUGGACUUUGAACUCGCGGCGUGCCAUAUUGCUUGCCCGCUCGACAGGCCAGAAUACGAGCAGUAACGAGGGCCAGAGUGGGGGGAGGAAGACGGGUGUUCCUGCUAGUGGUGGGCAUGGGCUUGGGGUUGAGCUCGGAGAUUUCGGGAAGGUCAAGCAAAUUCAAGUUCGCACCCAGGUGCAAACAACCCACCACAUAGACCCCGAGGAAGCAAUAUCUGUGCGUGAACACGGCCUCAAGUCAACUGAAGAGGAUACAGAGGUCGGCUCUACGAAGAGCAGUUUACGUUGA